AGCCUCCGCCGCCGCCUUCCCGGGCAGCUCCCGCCGCGCUGCCCCCGGGGCUCCUUGGGUGGCUGCUGGCAGCGGCGAGGCGGAGAGAGCAGGGGCCUUCCCCGAGGAGCCCUCCCCCGGAGUGGGCGGGGCCAAGGCGAGCUCUCGGGGACUUGAGCGAAGGCAGCGGGGGAAGAAGAGAGAGCAAGAGACGCGUCGCGCUCGCUGCCUCGCGCUGCAUCCCGCACCCGCCCCCCCCCCGUCCUCCGCGCGCGCCCGCCUCCUUCCUUGCCGCGGGACGACGAUGUCUUCUUCUUCCUCGCCCAAGGCAGAGAGGAAGCCGUGGAGCUUGGGGCGCUUGUCCGUCACGUCCAGGAAAGGCAGCAUGAAACCCUCGGCUCUGGAGCUGGCCGAGAACGCCGCCAACGCGCACUACGCGCCUUUCUCGCUCUCCGCACCCGCGGGGGGGACGCCCGGCGGCGGCACCGGCUGCGCGCCUCAGCAGCGCUCGCGGUACGUCGAGGGGUCCGAACCCACGGUGGCCAUGAGCGGCGGCGGCGGCGACUACCCUCGCCCUCCGGUCAGCUUCGACCCGCGCGUCUCCAUCUACAGCGUCCGCAGACCUCUGCUGAGCCGCAGCCACAUCCAAGGCAGGGUCUACAACUUCCUGGAGAGACCCACCGGCUGGAAGUGCUUCGUCUAUCACUUCACUGUUUUCCUCAUAGUGCUGGUCUGCCUUAUAUUCAGUGUGCUUUCCACGAUUGAUCAGUAUGCAGCUCUUGCCACAGGAACAUUAUUUUGGAUGGAAAUUGUAUUAGUGGUAUUUUUUGGAACCGAGUAUGUAGUUCGAUUGUGGUCUUCAGGGUGCCGCAGUAAAUACGUUGGCUUCUGGGGAAGACUUCGUUUUGCUAGGAAACCCAUUUCUAUCAUUGAUCUAAUUGUAGUUGUUGCUUCAAUGAUCGUGCUUUGUGUGGGUUCUAAAGGCCAGGUUUUUGCAACCUCUGCUAUCAGAGGCAUCCGAUUUCUGCAGAUCCUGCGAAUGCUUCAUGUGGAUCGUCAGGGUGGCACAUGGAGAUUGCUGGGGUCAGUCGUUUUCAUACACAGACAGGAAUUGAUAACCACUCUGUACAUUGGAUUUCUAGGCCUGAUUUUUUCUUCUUAUUUUGUGUACUUGGCUGAAAAAGAUGCUGUGAAUGAUUCAGGCGAACAUGAAUUUAGCAGCUAUGCAGAUGCCCUUUGGUGGGGAGUAGUGACUGUAACAACCAUUGGUUAUGGAGACAAAGUGCCUCAGACAUGGAUAGGGAAAACCAUUGCGUCUUGCUUUUCUGUGUUUGCAAUUUCAUUUUUUGCCUUGCCUGCGGGUAUUCUUGGUUCUGGAUUUGCCUUGAAGGUACAGCAGAAACAACGACAGAAGCACUUCAAUCGGCAAAUUCCAGCAGCUGCUUCUCUCAUUCAGACUGCCUGGAGGUGCUAUGCAUCAGAAAACCCAGACUCUUCUACAUGGAAAAUAUAUAUUAAAAAACCGUCCAGAAAUUAUCACUUGAUGUCUCCUAGUCCCAAGCCAAAGAAAAUUGCAAUGGUGUCGGUAAAAAAGAAGAAAGUUAAGACAGAAAAAGAUAAUGGACCUUCUUCUCCUGACAAAAUGUUAGCAGUUCCACAAAUCACAUUUGACCAUGUGAUGGAAGAUCGGAAAUCUGAAAACUACUUGGACUCAAAUGAAAAUUCUGUCCGACAGCAUUCCUGGUCAUCCUUUUCUACAGAGCAGCCAUCUCCCAGCUCUCCCCCUUCUCCAGUGAAAAGAAACUCUCCAUUUUUAGAUACAAACACAGGACCAUUCAUUAGGACUAACAGCUUUGCUGAUGAACUCGACCUGGAAGGUGAAACUUUGCUGACCCCAAUAACUCACAUCUCACACUUGCGAGAACAUCACCGUUCUGCCAUUAAGGUGAUACGUCGGAUGCAAUAUUUUGUGGCAAAGAAGAAAUUUCAGCAAGCUAGAAAGCCAUAUGAUGUACGUGACGUUAUAGAACAAUACUCUCAGGGACAUCUCAACUUAAUGGUGCGAAUAAAAGAGCUUCAGAGAAGGUUGGACCAAUCUAUAGGGAAGCCAUCACUGUUUAUUUCUGUCUCAGAAAAAAACAAAGACCGAGGGACUAAUACAAUUGGUUCCCGGCUGAACAGAGUUGAAGACAAGGUAGUUCAAAUGGAUCAGAAGCUGAAUCUCAUCACAGACCUGCUGCAGCACCUGGUUUCCAUCCAGCAAGGAACCCAGGGCAGCAACAAAUCAUCUCACAGGCAUGAUGUUAACGCCGAGCUCUUCCUCUCCAGCAACACCCUACCUACCUAUGAACAACUGACAGUUCCAAGGAGCACCCAGGAUGACGUCUCCUGAUGUAACAAGCAGCCCUUUUAAUUGACACUGAAUGUUGUGAAUCUUGAUGGGGGAUGGGGGGAAAUUAAAGCUCAUAUAAUCAGCCAUAGAAGAAUUAAACAGGUCUAUUGAACUAACGUUACUAACCUCAGAUGCAUUCUUCCAAAGGCAAUUAUACGGACAACCACAAAACCUUAAAACUCCACACUGUGUUGAUUAUCAACAUGGUACUUUCAUAAGUUCUGUUUUUAUUCCCUGUGUGAAUAAAUUCUCCUACUGUAAUUUGUCGCUACACUGAAAGACCAAAAAAAGCUAACACAGGCAAAAUGUCAACUGCUUUAUGUGCUUUCUUUAUUAAGCACUGUUGCUGCUGUAAGCCAGUUUCUGAAGUCGUGCACAAACACCCUUGAAAUUGUUUGAAAACUCCACAGCAGCUAUGCUUGGUGGAUGGCACCCUAUGGCUCUUCAAUAAUGAUGAUACUUGAACAUAGAUGGGUCAUCUGUGUAUUCUGUUUAUGACUCUGCUGAUAGCAAUAUCGUUUUACUAGUUAGAUUUUAAAGGAAAGGAAAGUAUGUGGGUUGUAUCAUAUAAACAUACUGUACUACUGUUGUUCUAAAUAAUGACAAAUGCAUGCAUUGAGUGAUUUCCCGCCCAUUUUUAUUUUUAGCCUGUUACAUAAGAUAAUGACUAUAAUUUUUUAAACAAAAAAAUACACCUUUUUCUUCAGGGAAGAACUAGGGCUUUAAGCCUAGUACAGUAAUGUAUGUAAAGAAAAGCAAUGUCUAUUUUAUUAAGAUACAGUGAUUUCAUGGGGAUGCAGAAAUAUUGCAUAGGAAAAUUAUUGUUGUUGAAUCAUACUUUGCUGCCAAAGAAUUUAUAUGUAGUAUUUAUCAUAACCAUCUGAGUGUGUUUGUCCUCAAUGAGCUUUCUGAAUUUAUUGCUUUUUAUAUUGAUGUGGGUCUAGUCUGUUUCUCAAUGUACUGUAACUAAGCACAGGUCUAGAGUAACUGGAUCUUGUCGAUAAAGGGCUUGAAAUGGCAAGUUGGGGGAAAUACUUGAAGCAGCUUUGGGCGUUAUGGAAAUGCACUACCAGCCAAGUUUGCAAUCACUUUUAUGUUAGCUGGUACACUCCUCCCUAAUGCCCAAAAAGGAGGAGUGUGCAUGUCCUGCUAAUGCUAAGAUGCACAUACUCUUCGGCCUGUUUGGCUGUAACAAAGAGGCACUGCUAGCUAGAUGUGGAAGUGCCUGGCAGUGCACCUCUAUAAUGCCCAAAACUUCUGUAUGCACCAGAGAACUGGGAGGAGCAGAAGCCACUCAUCCUUCUGCAAGCCCUUCUUAUUCAGGAAAAGAAUAUAUGAUCUGCAUAUGCAACAGAUCAGCAUCAGUAUCACAGAUACGAUGUCCUUGCUGUCUCGCCUCAUUGCAGACAUAGCACUUUUCAGUGGAGUUAGUUCACAUGUGUGGUGAGUCAUCCGGUGCUGAGCAAUCAAAAAAUGUAGGUGCAAAACUCAACCAGCCCCCAAAGGAAACUAGAGAAAGAAAGUGGGUUUGAUGCAAUUUGAAGACUGACUGCCCCCUCCCCCAAGUAUGUGAAAUGACAGUGAAUUCUACACAUUCACUGUAGAAAAUUUCUACAGCUACUUCUGCUUUAAUGAGCACAAUUGUAGGUUUGCACAUUCUGCAGCAAGGAAUAAAAAAUUCCCUGGCAUAGAAUUUCAAUUCUAUUUCUGUGGCCCUGAGUAAGGUACUUAAAUAUAUGGUACAAUAUCAGGAUGAUCAAGCCAAGCAAGCUGCAGCUAAGACCACAAGGAUUCUGGGAUAUUCCUGAUAAUCUAGAUAUAAUAUGGAAGGCAAGCCCUGCUACUCAUUCCACAUAGUUGUGGUAUUUUUAGGGGAACGACUGAGUAUGAAAGAGCUCUCCUCCAACCUUGGGUGCGAUUCUGCUAUGUUUUUCUGAGCGUAGCAUGCAUGCCCACAGCUCAAUAAAAAGAUUGUGUACAAUCAGCCAGAAAAUCAUGCAAGGGAAAGUUAUUUGUCCUGGUCCACUGACAGUUUCUAAGUCUUCUGUUGAUGACCUCCUGGGCCACUAUCAGAUUAAGUGAAUGACCAACACUUAGAUGCCCUCUUUUGUAUGGAGACCUGAGGAUGCUAAGGUUCUUGCUUUGGCACCCAGGUGACAGGCAUAUCAACUAAAGUGAGGGACAGACUGCACACAUGCCAAGCAGCUCAAAAUCAAGCCGCGCGAAAGCUGUGGCAUAACACCUGUCCUCACCAAACAGCAUUCUUUCCAUGGGUGCGGUAAUGAAAUGAAUGAACACUUUGUUCUCUGAGAGCUGCCUUGCACAUCAUAUUUUAGCAGAUACACAUUGGAGCUGUAGUUUGUGUCCACCAAAAACAGUGCUUGGAUGACUCCAGUAUCUGUAGGGCAAUCUGUGGCCCUCCAGAUGUUGCUUGAUUAGAACGGCUACCAUCUCUGACCAUUGGCAUGCUGGCUGGCACAGAUGAGUCCAACAUCAUCUGGAGGGCCACAUGUAACCUACCUCUUUAUGCUAAGAGUUACUGCUGCUUCAAAUUUCACAGGUUUCCUUAUAUAUGCAGCAGCACUGUAGUCUAUCAAGGAAAUUCUAUAUCAGGCAUAGGGCAAACUUGGCCCUCCAGAUGUUUUGGGACUACAACUCCCAACAUCCCUAGCUAACAGGACCAGUGGUCAGGGAUGAUGGGAGUUGUAGUCCCAAAACAUCUGGCGGGCUGAGUCUGCCUGUUCUAUACCCAGCUAUCCUGCACAGCAUCUAAGUGAAUACCUUGCACAUGUUAUAGCAGCAAAACUCCAGUAUAACAUACCGAUACCUUCUGAGUCCUGAGAAUGUUGUUGUUGAAAGUAUAUGAUAUCAUAAAAGCCUGAACAGAAUCCCAUUGCCCACUUUCCAUUAAUUUUAAUGUGUGCUUAUACGUGAAAAACUAUCUGUGAAUUCACUUUGAUGCUUCUGAAGCGACAUUCUCCUUCUUUCUACACCUGCAGCAAUUCUAUAAGGAAUUCAAUUCUACAGUUUUGUAUCUUCUAUCUAUGCCUACAAUAUUUCUUUUGGCAAUCUCAACUGACUAUUUUUGACAAGAAUGCACUGCUAAAAUCCUAACUGGAAAACUUUUGUUGGUAGUCUAGGAUUCAUAAGGGAUUUCUCUGGCAGGCAUACCUUUUCGCACACGAUAAUUUUCUUAUCUUCUUUCUUCUGUGGUGAUUUGUAGGAAGCAAGUAAAUGUAACACCUUCACCAGUUCUGUUUCAAAAGCAGUGAACGUAUCCUAAAAUCAGGGAAAUUGGUGCUUAAAAUCAUGGUAGUUGCUGUUGUUUAAAAAAAAGAAAACAUUUUUCAGCAUAUUGGUGCGGUGGUGGUGGUUAUGAUUUGAUGGGUGCUUUUAUAUAUGACUUCUUGCUUUGGUUCUAUUUUCCAUCUUUUAGUUAGGUUGAUUUCAUUUUGAAAGACAAACCAACCAAGAUUCAUUUCCCAUCCCACCCCACAUUUCUUUCAGAUAUUUGUAAAAGAACAAAAUUGUAAAAUAAAGUUUCUCCAAGUAAGUAGCUGAAUUAGAUCUUUACCUCUUCAGUGUCAUAUAUUUUAAUAGAAUUGGAUGCUGGAAAUUCUGGGGCAAGGACAGGACAUGAUAGCUGCAUAAUACUGUUACACAGGGCUGGCUCUACCAUUGGCAGAGUAGGAUUGCCUUAGGCGGCAGAUGCUAGGAGGCAGUGGCUUCAGCCCUUGGUUGUUCCUCCUGAGCCCUCUGACUGGAUCCUUCUAUUGGAGGACAGAGGUGUGCAUGCUACACAGCCUACCCUGCACGCCUAAAAUAUCCUCCUUCCUUCAAGUGCGUCUGGUUGGCCACUGUAUACACAUAGCUUGGGUAUGUACACAAUACAUAAGUUUGGUAACACUAUGCACAUAGUCAGAAUGGCCACUGUGAGAAUAGAAUGGUAGACUAGCUGGGCAAUUGGCUACGAUCCCGAUAGCUUUUCUUAUGCACUUAGUUCUUAUGUUCUUUCCCCAGUUUUGAAGUAAGAUUCAAGUGCCUGUCCAUUUGAGUUUUGCACAUAAAAUGGGGUGGGGUGCAACUUUCCUUGGCCUCGGGGCAGGGGGGGGGAUGUCGAUGGUCGGUCCUGCUGUUCUAUUUGGCUAUGCUCGAGCAUGAUGGCUAUGCGCUGCCUUCAUAGUCAGAGGCAGCAGUUCUUCUGAGAACGAGGUGCUGGAAACUGCUGAAGAGGAGAGUGCUUAUGUGCUCAGGUUCCGCUUGUAGGUUUUCUGGUGAUAACAGGAUUCUGUACUAGAUGUGCUACUGGUGUGAUCCAGCAGGCUCUUCUUGCAUUCUUAGGUUCCUAUUUAUUGGUGGUGAGGAAUCAAAACUUUUUCUUGUACAUAGCAGUGAAUUCACACACAAAAAAGCAAGGAAAAUACAAAUCUCCAAGCUCCACAUUCAUGAAUUAACAUGGGGCACAGUCCAUCCAGAAGUCCUACGAUGUGCAUGUCCCAUUGAAAUUAAUGAGAGCAAUGCAAUAGAAGGGCAUAACAUGGAACCCCACUAGCAAGUCAGCAGGCCAUCUGAUUCAGCUUCUUUUAGGUCUAUCAGUGGCUUUAAUAGCUUUGUUUUCCAUAAUUUUAUCUAUUCCACAUGCACACCAGUAACUAUUGCCACUGCUUGUGGCUCAAAAAAAAAACAAA